CGGGGACAGUGGCGGAGAGGGGAAUCCGAUCUCCGAUUGGGCGUUGUGAACAGCCGCGGCUGCAUUGGGCCUCCUUUAAAAUCCAUGAGAAGAUCACAAUGGAAUCACUUCCCGGAAAUUAUGAGGAGGAUUGGCUGAAGGAUGCCUGUGUGGAUAGAUUCCGAGGGGGUCUCAGGGUCCGCCUCCUCUAGAACCUUCCAUUCUUCUACAAUCCUGGGGGGGAAAUGGUAUUUCAGAAUAGCCUGGGUGAAAUAAGGAGCGUGGACCUGGUUUCUAAGGAUAACUAGCCCGACGAUGCAUUAACUACAAUGGACAUCUAUUCGGAAAAAGAAAGCUCUGUAUUAUCCAAAGGGUUAGACAAAGAUGUUUUAAAAGCUGAUCCCAAAGUGAGAUAAGGACUGGAUGAACAUCAGAAUGUUUGUGAGUGGUCGAAGAGUAAAAAAAUGGCAGUUUGUACACCUGUUUGCCACCUGCUUCUUACUGAGCCUCAUGGUUUUUUGGGAACCCCUUGAUCAUCACAUUAUGAGCCAUGUGAAGUCCUACUCUUACAGAUACCUCAUCAACAGCUACACCUUUGUGAACGACAGCCUGUCCCUCAGGCACAACCUGGAUGGGGUUGCUAGCUUCCAAUACCUGAUUAAUCAUGAGGAGAAAUGUAGAGACCAAGAGGUUCUUCUUUUGCUCUUUGUAAAGACCUCUCCUGAAAACCGUCAUCGCCGGGAUGGCAUUAGAAACACGUGGGGAAAUGACAAAUAUGUGCGUGUUCAGCUGAAUGCCAACAUUAAGACUCUCUUUGUGUUGGGGAGUCCGAGCAACCCUCUGCACUCUGAGAGGGAGAGACUGCAAAACGAGCUGUUUUUAGAAGAUCAAAAAUACAGUGAUUUAAUUCAGCAAGACUUCACUGAUACUUUCUACAAUCUUACUCUAAAAUUGCUUUCGCAGUUCAGAUGGGUCAACAUGUACUGUGCGCAUGCCAAAUUUGUUAUGUCAGCAGAUGAUGACAUAUUUAUCCACAUGCCAAAUCUUAUUGAAUACCUUCGAAAUCUAGAACAAAUUGGUGUUCAGGAUUUCUGGGUAGGACGGGUCCACAGAGGGUCCCCUCCCGUAAGAGAUAAGAACAGCAAAUAUUAUGUCCCAUAUGAAAUGUACCAUUGGCCUUCUUACCCAGACUACACAGCUGGAGCAGCUUAUGUGAUAUCCAGUGAUGUAGCAGCAAAGGUAUAUGAAGCAUCACAAACACUUAAUUCUAGUCUUUACAUAGAUGAUGUGUUCAUGGGUCUGUGUGCUAACAAAAUGAAAAUUGUACCACAGCAUCAUGUGUUUUUUUCUGGAGAAGGAAAAGCACCCUAUCAUCCCUGCAUUUAUGAAAAAAUGAUAACAUCUCAUGGACAUUUACAAGAUCUUCAGGACUUAUGGGAGGCAGCAACAGAUUCUAGAGUCAAAGCAAUUUCUAAAGGCUUUUUUGGCCAGAUCUACUGUAAGAUGAUUAAAAUAGUGCUGCUUUGCAAAAUUAACUAUGUGGACACCUAUCCUUGUAGAGCGGCAUUCUACUAAUUGUACUUGAAUAUUGUCUUAAAUGUCACUGAGCCAAACCUGAAAGAAAACCUUUCAAUGUUUAUCCAACUCCAAAGUGAAUUUGGAAAACAAAUAUUUUGAAAGCUAAGCCUAUAGGAAUGUUCCUUUGAUUAAAAAAAAUCCACUCUACAAUUUCUAUUUUAUAGCCUAAAGUUUUAAAUUCCAACUUAAGGAAUUCAAGACUUGUGAAACAACAACAACAAAAAAAUGAAGUCCCUACUUAAUGCCCCAUGUACGUUUUAAAGUACAGAGAGUUGUUUGGUUUUUUUUAGUGUUGGAAUUGUAUUAACUCUAACUUGGAAAAACACAGUUUUUAAGAAAUCUGUUAUGUUCAUGUAAUAGUGAAACACAUCUUAAAAUAAGAGUAUUUCACGGUUGGGAAGGUAAAUGAACCUGGCAAAUAUAUGUGACAAGGGAGUUUGUCGAUGAGGGCCCAGUAGAUCUGCUCAUUUUUUAAAAAAGAUUGAGAAGGAAAAAUGGCAUGUCCCAGAAAUAGAGAUUAGCAAAAUAAUUUUUGUCUUCACAAAACAAUUUUGUUUCACAUCAAUGUAGUAAGAAUCUCUAAAUAGUGUUAGACUAGUUUAUAAUCUCCUGACUCCCUGGCCACCCCCCCCCCCCAAAGCUUUAUGAGAAAGGAGUACUGUUUUUGUUCUAUUCUAAUCUGUACUCUUCAAAAUUUAAUUACAUUUGAAUUUGAAUAGGAAGAAACAUCAAACAAAAAAAAUGACCUGCUUAUGCACUAAACUCUUCCUUUUCUAGGGGGAAAUUGCCACAUAUUCUAAUUUGAGUAAAGUUUUGUUUUAUUGCCAUAUGUUUUGGGCUGAUACCUUAAAUUCUUUCUCCAAACAAAAUAGAGUAUAGAGACUAUUGCUGGCUUAGGAAACAGGUAUUCUUUCAUUGGAAAAAAAAGCUUUGGACUAUUUUCAGAUGAGAUAGUUUUAAAGGAUUAAAUUGGUAUCAAAGAAAACUAGUAAAAAAAUGCCAAAAGGAAAGGGCAGCUGCAUAUAAAGUCUCUUCUAUUUUCCCCAUGCAACGCACAUUUGAAUGAUUUUGUAUCUACACAUUAAUCUUAAAAGGAAAAAAAAUUAAGGAGGUAGGAGAAAUCUGUCAGUACAAAAUUAUUCUAAUCCAUAAAUUCUGUAUUGGCUAUAUACUCUAUUUCAAAUUGGAUGCAGAUUUUGAUUCAGUUGAAUUUCAGUGUCCAGCAUUAAAAUCUUCCUCCUUACAUCAAAACUAUUGCCAAUAAUGGACUUCACUUUUUCAGUAUUUCAAGCUAGGGAGCAAAAUGGGUUCUUAGUUUGAUAGAAAGUUGGCAAAAUUUGGACCCAAAGAGAAUGUAAGACUAUUACUCAAAGGAGUAAAGGUAUGAUAGAACAGGGUAUGCCUAAUGUUGUAUGUACCCCAAUGCCUAAUUUUUAAAUAGCAGGAAUAAAACUAAACAUGAAUCCAUUUCCUGCAUACUCUAUUACAAAGGGAGUAUACACACAUCAAAAUAGUGAUUUUUCAAAAUGAAAAUAACAGUAUGGACCCGCUCUGAAUUGGUCUUAACACAUAUGACUGCGGGAAAGGCCUAUUCGCAAUUAUUAAACUAUUUCACUAAUAGGUUGUAGCCUGCAACAAGCAAAAAUCAACUUUCCAUCUAUACACCUGGCUCAUUAUAGAUUUAAUUUAGCUGUUUACCAGCAGAUAAGUCCGUUUUUCUAUUCCCUCAAGUCAGGCUUGUUUACAUAGCUCAGGCUGUAACUUAGUUUACUUAAGCCAAUGUUGAAUGAAAUGAUAUAUAAGAAUUAGAGAUAAGCUCCUGGUAGAUCUACAUUAAAGUAGGACUUUUUAGAUGAUUAGAUUUGUUUUCCUUGCCAUUUUAAAUACUGUGAAUGAUAGCAUAACUUUUAAUAAAGACAGGUUUAUACUUUGUGAUCACUUCCCUUGAGUUGGUGAUCGACAUUGAUAUCCAGGGAUUUCCCUUUGACUUUUCAAUAUGUGCUAGAUUCCUCUGUAACUUGUAGCUAUUUAAAUUUGCCAUUGGAUACAAAUAUCAAUGUUUCUCUGACCAUUGAAAUGCUCUUGUGUUUACAGCAGGUCUGUACUUUGAUUACAGCAAGUCUGUUUAGUUAACCAAUUAUUUAUUUGCUUCAAAAGGACUCUCUUGUGCUUUACUGUUCAUGGUUUAUUACUAUUAUUAUUCUUAUUCUUGCUUCAAAAUAGAAAUGAAACUUGUUUGAAUUCCAAGGAAACAUGAAGGCACUCCAUUUUAAGAAUGGAGUUGCUAGAAACUUUCUUAGUCAUUCGAAUUUACAAAUAAAAGGAUUCCAACCUUUUAAAAAGGAAGGAAAUAAAACCUGCUAGUGCUCCGAUGCAGGGCUGUCAUGGUAUGAAUUUUGUCAUUACUGAAAUUUAAAAAAUCAGCCUGGAGGGUCACUUGAGAAACAGCAGUUUUGAGAUGAUUGCACACAGUGUUAUUGUUGAAGUUUAUUUUUACCUCUGGUUGUUUUUGUAUCUUUUUCCUUAUUGCUGAUUUUAUACAAAAAUGUAAAUUAUUUAUAUUCUUCAAACUUCACUCUUGUACUGCAGAAGAGAACU